AUGGAAUUACAGAACAUGGAGCGUAGCAAAGAUGUCUGGCCUGUCUUAGAUGAAUUCUGGGAUAUAUAUGAUGGCAAAUGGCCUGUGAUAAUAACAGAUGUUGUUGAUAAAUGGCCAGCUAUAAACUGGACUAAACGUUUCUUUCAACAAAAUUAUGCAGAUGAAAAAAUUGUGGUGAAAGCUGUUGUGAAUAGAAAACCAGCAGCAUUAGCAGUUGACAUGGACACUUUUAUAAGUGAGCUGGACACUUCUGGACCAAAUGGUUGGACCUAUCUUGAGGAUGAACUAUUUAUAGUCACCAGACCUGAACUGAAGAAAGAUAUUGGUCCUAAUGUGUAUGCAGAAGAAAAUUUCUUUAAUCUGUUCCCAGAUGAAGUUAGACCAUGGGACUGUUUGAUGUUGUGGGGUUCACAAUUUUCUAGGUCCAGUUUACACAUGGACCCUUACAACUGGAAUGCUACUAAUGCUGUUUUGUAUGGACAAAAGUCAUGGAUGCUUUUUCCACCAGGACAGGAUGAGUUAUUAUAUAUAUAUCCAAACAGGAAAUGUCAUUUUCCACUGGAUUGUGUCAGAUAUGAUAGCCCUAUUGAUGCUUUUGUGCCAGAUUCAACCAAGUACCCACAUUUUGAUAAAGCUCAGUAUCUAGAGGUUACAGUUACUGCUGGAGAAAUGUUAAUUAUCCCAACUGGAUGGUACCAUCAGGCAUUUAACGAAGAGGAGACUCUAGCUAUUUCUAGUCAGAUCAUGAACAGAAAUAAUUACCUGGCUGUGUUAGAGGAGAUCAUUAAGGGAGGGAAUAUCAGUAGAAAGAAAUUACCUGCUUAUUUCAAUACACUGUUACCACCUGAUCAGGUAAGAAAUAAUAACCUGGCCUUGUUAGAGGAAAUCAUUAAGGAAGUGAAGCUGUUCUUAUCUCUCCUUCAUAAGAAGAUUUUAAAGAAAGGUAAAGAAGUAACAGAGAGUGUGUUGAAAGACAUGCAUCAGAAGAAAGUGUUGAAAAUUUGA